AUGUCGUGCCCUACAUCUCCCGGUAAUGGUCAUUUGAUGAUAACAGAUGCUAGAGAAGACUUACAACCACUCUCGGGCAGUUCCAUGCCAUCACUUUCUGCAUGGUACACUCCCCAUUUGCUUCCAUCACCGCUACUUUCGGCUGUCUCGCCACUUCCAGGAUCGUCCCUCAUCAAAGCACCAAAGUACUAUACCCACCAGGGCCAAGCAAACUACAAAUCGGCCGCGGACGAGUACGGGGUGGACUCAUCACUGGACAACAUGGCCAGACAAGACGUGCAGGAACGGGGGGGUGCUGUUGGACGAGAAUGUGUGGUGAAAGUGCUAGACAGUACUAGCGGCUGCCAAUGGUUGAUUUUUUUCGAGCACGCUGCCCUCACUCUCACACAUCUCUGCCAUUCUGACGGCAAGAUGGUGUAUCUGACAGGGAUGUCGAUACCGACCGCUUUGGGGAUCCCUUCGAUGCCAUCUGACUACUCAUUUCGACAAACACCCAGCCGAUCCGGAUCCGUAGGGCCCUCCCACGGUCCCCAAGACCAUGGCACAAGCUCGCCCUUUAGAUCAUCUGGCAACUAUGCUCAGGAUUUUCAGUCCAGUCGUGGAGGAACACCCUUCGACCUCUCUGCGGACAGCACCUCUAUGUACAGCUACGCGGGCCCUCCAAGCGGAUAUGCGUCGACAACCUCGUUCGGUAGAUCUGGACCGCUUCAACGCUUCCUACCAAAUAUGCCGACCCCUCGCAUGACAAACACCCCCGAGUCUUCCCAGAUCCCCACAGGAUCAUCUGGCACAGAGUUGCUUGCACUUCAAACAGAAAUUAAAGUCCUGCAUGUAGCGCUGAAGGGAAUUCUCUCCGCUAUCCCGGAUGUGCUUGCAAUGAGCAAUGCUCAGUUGCCCGACAACUUCACAGUGCCCGAUCCGGCCCCCAAUGCGAAACGACUUUACCCGAGCAGCAACACUGUUGCGAACGGACCCCUGCGUGUGCGUGAUCCAUUGCCUGCUAUCCACCGCACGGACGUCCCUUUAGUUACUAUAUGGACCACACAAGACUGGGCCGACACGCCAAAGGACGAUGACGCGACCGAUCCCAAUCAGGUCAAGAAGAAGAAGGGCAAGACGAAUGCUUACCUCGGUCACAACAUGACAAUGAAGUACGUCCAGGAUCAGCAAGGUAAGGUUAUCGAUGGCUAUUAUGCCUCCGCAAUUCGUGACGCUGCCUACCAAAUCUGGUACGAGCUCUUGCUCCGGGGCAUAGCCCCUCCCAAGUGGUCGCAAGUGUCUCUUGGCGCCUCCGACUUUUACUACCAGGAAAUGGAGUAUAGAUUCCCCGAGCUGCGUUUCUGCGGUGGACCACCGGCACACUGGAAGUCACGCCAUAUCGCCAGGGACAACUUUCCCGCUUUCGUGCAGGGUCUCUCAAGAAAGAAUAUGACGCACCUGCUGCGGCCUCUACCAUAUGGUGCCAUUGGACCAUCGAUUACCGCCGAAGGAGAUCCAUCACAAGAGCAGGAAAGCGAGGCGGAGAUGGUGUUGAUAUCAGACCUCCCGACACCAUUGCACGGGAAGCGCUAUCCACCAAAGAACGCUGUGUCAUCUACAACAACACCAAAUGCGGCCAAACGACAAAGACGCCUGCCUGCACCUGACACCACGACGGCCCCCACAAUAACCACAAUUAUACAAGAUCCGUUGGCCAACCUAUUUCUGCCAACGUCACCUUCUCAGACUCUCGUGACCCCUCACACAGACGUUGCAGCAGGCAGCAAUAUGGGCACUCCAGUUUUGUCACACGAGAACAUUCCAGUACCAGCAAAUCCAUUGCCACACAACGAGCACCUUAUGGGAAUACCGCUGACGCAGAUUUUGGAGCCUGCCGUCAACCAGAGCACUCGCAAGAGCGUACCAGCAGAAUCAUUACCCCGGCACGCCAUGGCUCCUACCACUAACGAGCAGGAAAUCACCGAGCGCACUGUCGCCCUCGAUCAUGCAGGGGUUCCCAACAACACACACAACGCCGCAUCAGAUGGACUCAGCACCAAUAUCAUUGCGGCACGCAGCACGCACACGGAGAUGAGCGCCAUCGCUCGUGCACACACCACCGCUCCUACGACUGACACAUCACUUAAUCUAACAGCCUGCCCAUUGCCAGCCACCAUGAUCCCUGGUCCUGCAACUGCAAUUCUGCAACCGGGAGAGGAAUCGGGUACAACAGGGCCAGCUCCACCCACUACUCCUCCUGCGGGAACACCGGCUACAAGCGAUCGCUUGUGGCCACUACGAACGGUCACUGGAAGAAACAUCUGUGGGUUUCGAUGGAAGGAGAAGACGCCCAACGCGAGCAAGCAAGAGUUUGACUUGUAUUGGAAGAUGUUACCCAAGCCGGAAAAGAAGGUGUAUAACGAUGAAGCAAAAGGACUGAAAGCCACGCGAAUCGCUAAAGAGCCAUUUUGCUAUCAUUGGAUAGCAGGAUCUAUCUCCGAUGCCUCACUGAAGAAUGGUCGUGUGAUCGAAUCUCAUAUUGUCCACGGCGAGAAUGAAGAAACCAAAAAAUCACCAAUAGAGCAUUGUCUGCGCAUCAUUGAUGAUCCCAGCGCAUCUGGACUCCUGCCUAUAGAGAGAGCGGAUAAGGGUGUGGACGAAUAUUGGGACUGUAUAAACACUAAUUCUGUGGCUAAAGCUUGGCAGAAGACCUAUGGCAUGUUAUGGCGCAUUGUACGUGCAGCUGUUUCUGAAGGGAGCAAGUCAGCGAUAACCACCAGCAACGUGCGCCAGUCAGACCUCAUCAAACAGUAUGGGUGGCAAUCUAUCAAGCGUGACGAUAAUCAAAGACCAACAUGGUCACUGCUCGACAUCAAGCAAGCACCCAAUCCGAUUUUUAUAGCAGCACACGACGUUACACGAGCCUUACUGAAGGCCCAAAUUACGAAGUUACACGCAAAGCUCGGUCGUCAUAUUAUUCGCAUUGAAAGCGUCGACAAAUCCCCUCAUCCAACGACUGAAGAGGACGCUCUAGAUUUGGAUGUGAUCUCGCUCGAGAUGGGCGGCAAUGCGACCCCCAGUCAGGGAGGCGAUAAAGACUCGCAAUUAGAUAUAGCCUUCAAUGCGCUUUAUAUUAUGUUGUGGCCUGGAAAAUUCAUAGCUGGCUCAGAGCUCGCUGUCGGGCGCAUCAUUGGCGUAAUGAUUGCACCAAAUUUUGAGCCCAAGGGCUGUGAAACCUUAUCGCGCGUGGUGCACUACCUUUUUGCAUUCGUUAAUGCUGACAAGAAAACCAUCAGAGGACAAUCCGUAAGACUGUCUUUGAUCUUUGGACGUUUUGGUUCUUUUGCCUCAGCCGAUAUCUGCACGAAAACGGUCUUCAAGCCUCCAGUUGACGCCAAUGGUAACCCGCUUCCGAAAUAUGAUGAUUUAACUGUCCUCCAACCUGUCGUAUUCGGUGCCGAAGCAAAGCAGAGUCUCAGUAAACAUGAUGUGACCGACGAAGGGAGGUGGGAGUUUCACUGUUGCGAGAUGACGGCUGAAUUCGACGAUGUGUUUGAGUAUUAUAAUGCCUAUCACCGUGUCCGGGCUUUGAAGACUUUGUUUGCGAUGCGAAGGCACUCACACUUCCUUGCUGAAACCCUCAGAGGUCCAAAUCAGCUGCGCUUCCCGAAGGAGUUCAUCAUGGUGGCCAGAAAGACGGAUGAGGAAGAGAGAGCGAAGAAGCGCCGCCAAGCAAAGGCUAGGAAACAUAAUAAAGAGAACGAAUCUCAUAAAGACGCCGAAAGCUCGCCCACGGAAGCUCUGCCCUCGAAGGUCGAUCAAGAGAAGAUCGUCCCUGACAAGGAGAGGAAGGGAAGUUUAUCGCGAUCGACGGGGAAGAAGGUUUCACGAUCCCGCUUGCCAGGCGAGCCUGUCAAGUUGGAGAUUAUAAUACAAGAUGAAGAAGAGGCGAAGACGAGCAUGGGCAGGAAGAAGCUCAAGCCAGAUGUGGCAGGAUCUUCGCAGGACAAGGAGGGCGGAGCAGCAGGAGAAAAGGCGACUAUCUCGAAGGCGAAGAAAGGCAAAAAGCCGGACGACGAUAGCGACUAUAUCUCGACGAGUAGGGUCAAGGCGCGCGCGCAAUACGAGUUCCCGACAACCAGGAAAAUCAAUUUCAACUUCAAAGAGGAUAGCGAAGGCGAGUUGGGGGUCGAUGACGAAUAUAGUGCUACACGAAAGGGAAAGAGGGCGAAAUAA